CCUUAUCCUGAUAUAAGAGUUAACAGCGUUCCAGGGCUGUGGGCAUGCCUCCUCCGCUUCACUUGCGUCCGAGCGGCGGAAGGGAGCGCAGGCAGCUCCGAGGUGGCCUCAUGGUUCUGGUAUUGAUGUUUCCAGACAUCCGCCGCUGCCGCUGCUGCUUGUGUAGCCCGACCGCGGCCCAGUUUGGAUGCGCACGCUGCGGGAAGCCCUUCGAGUUCAAUCCGCCUUUUUGUCCGUGGAGCGAUCGUUCUUGCGUGCAGUGAAACCGGGGAGGAUUGGGAUGUAAACACGCCGGCCUGCCUGCGUCUAGGAUCGGAGGCGAGGUGAGGGUUGAUUCCUCGGACUCAGACCGCCCUGCUGAUUUCACGCUGGAGCGGCGGAGCAGCUGUUCGCUACCAAAUGGCGUCAGUUUCGAAAGUGUCCAUCCUGGAUUACUUCAAUAUUGUUUUCGAGGGCGAAAAUGGUAAGAUCGAGUCCAACUGCAAGGCUUGUGGCACCCGAAUCCAGGCGAAACGCAGCGUCACGUCCAACUUCGUUACACAUCUAAAGCGUAAACACCCGGCUAUCUAUGAUGACUUUGUGAAAAGGAAGGAUAUGAAGAGAGAGGGUUAUUCCUCUGCUUGCCUGCACAGCUUCACCACCAAUGGAGGAAACCCCCGCUUCACACUCCCUGUAACAACUGGAGCAGGAGCAGGAGGGGGAGAAGGAGUGGGCACCCUUGAGGGUGGAGGAGGCCCGGGAGGAGGGGGGACUAAGUUUGACCGGCAUGACCCCCGUCAGGUUCUGAUCUCUGAGGCCAUAGCUAAGAUGAUCGUGCUCGAUCUGCAGCCGGUGUCCAUAGUGGAAAAUCAAGGCUUCAGAGAGUUGCUGCAGCUCCUGGAGCCACGCUACACCCCCGAGCCCCAGCACUACAUGCAGGGACAGCUGCUUCCCGCCUACGCUUACCAGGCUCAGCUGGCUACACGUCAGGCCGUAGCGUCGGCACACGCCCUCAGUCUCAGUUUGGAUCUCUGGAGGAACCAGAGUCACACGGCUUCAGGGUACCUCGGUGUCACCUGCCAUUAUCUUGCAUCUGACUGGCAGAUGCGUUCAGCUCUCCUGGCCUGCCUCCCGCUGACUUGCAGCAGCUCCGUGAGCCGCGUACUCUCGGAUUUUGACGAAGUGUGUCAUUCGCACGGUGUGUCGGGGAGAGCGUUUUGUGUCGUUGCGGACCCUUUUUCAGCAACGGCGACGGCGAGGCCAUGUUGUCUUCCCGGCUUCCUGGUUCCCCCUCUUCUUACUUCCAGGCAAGAUGAUGAUCCCGCAGACCAAGACUUGAACAACGGUAAACACGCCGAGCAAUGGAUCAGCAACGGCCACGGGUGUAAUGGAGAGGACGCAGACUGGGGGGAGUCAUGGGAGCAGGGUUUGGGCGUUUGCCGGGUAGACUGUUUCUCUCGCUCUCUGGAACAGUGCGUCAGAGAGGGCCUGUUCUCCUCCCCGCAAAUCUCCUCUGCUCUGACCAAGGUUGCACGUUUCUAUAACUACAUUACGUCUGCUGUGCCUCCUGAGAAACUCAUCCAGCUGUUUGAUGGGUGGUUGCCUGCGGGAACCCGAAACCUCCACGAUACCGCUGUGGAUUGGGCGGCUCAACUUAAGGUUCUUCGGCGGCUGUUGGACUCGGUGGAGUUCCUGGAGGAGAUGAGCAGUCCAGGGGAGGUGGCGUUGAGUAGCUCAGAAAGGGCCCUGCUGAGGGAGCUCAUUGACAUUUUGGAGCCCUUCACCGAGGCCUGGGACAUGGUGCACGGAGACACACAGAGAGACCCGCAGACAGACAGACACGUGUCCAUCAGCCUGGCUCUGCCGUGUGUUCUCGGUCUGCGUAAGCACCUCUCGGAGACAUCGACUCCCCACUGCCCCGCCCUGCUGCUCGGCCUGAGCCAGUCACUGGAGCGCCUUCUGGCUCCAAUCCUGGAAAACCCCCUCUACGUUACCGCAACCACUCUGGACCCCCAGUUUAAACUUACAUGGAGCAGCAACCCUGACUGGCACAAGCAAGUUCUCAUAGAGGAGCUAUCCAAACACUGCACAGCCUCCCCACCAGCCGAUCUCAACACAGACUUUCACUCUCAGUCCCAAACUCUUCCUACCCCGGCGCCGUCUCCGGUCUCCUCGCUUUCUCGGCCCUGCAAACUGUUCUCUUUUAUCAAGCAGAGACCUGCGACGCAGGCUAAAAGCCUGGAACAGGAGUUAUCUGUGUACCUUCGCGAGGAGCCCACGGAUGAAGAGGCUUUGCAUUACUGGCGGCGUAAAGCCAUUGACUUUCCUCUGCUAGCUCAAGUAGCCAAAAGAGCAUUUACCAUACCUGCUUGUGACACAGUGGUGGAGAGUAUCUUCUCUACAGCUAGGCGCCUCCUGUUGCCGGAGAGAGGCCACAUCCUACCAAAGAACUUGGAGACACUCAUCUACCUCAAAGCCAACUACAAAUUACUGUGGACUUAAAGCUAUGUGUCACGUAUAUUUUAUCUAAAUAGCAACCAGAGGGGUUCUAGUUUUAGUUAGGGUGACUUCUAGGAUAAAACUUUUGUUUGCUGUAAAGCGCCACGAACUAGCAACAUAACAUAUGGCAGACUUGUUAUUAUGAGACUGAAAACUAGUUUCCUUUAUUGAGUUGGUUUUUAGAUGUAGAUAUUCUGCAUAUAGAUUUCCACACUAUGAGCUGCUGACAAAGCUGCCUGAGACCAGAUCAAGACUAAAACAGCCUGGUCUGACCUUUACUCUGACUUUAUUUUGCCACUUUGGGUUCUGCAGACUGCCACUAACCUCCUACUCGGUUUCCAGCUUUUGCUCAGUGAAUUAGCUGUGCAAGUCUUACUUACAGUCAUGGGAGAAAGAAAGUUUAUUUGCUGUCAAUACAGUCCAUCCAUCCAUUGACAUUCGUUAUCUGCACCCGCUUUUCCAUGCGGGGUUGCGGGGGUGGAUGAUUCCUAUCUCCAGCAGCCAUUGGGUGAGAGAAGGUAACACAUAGACCCAAAGGAAAAAAAACAAUCAUAUACACACACCUAAUGGCAUUUUGGAGAGGCCAAUUAGCCUAACAGUCAUGCAUUUGGACUGUGGGAGAAAGCUGGAGUACCCAGAGAGGACCCACACGUGUGCAGGGAGAACAGAAAGACCCCAGAGUAGGAACCCAGGACGUUUGCAUGUUGCAAGGCAACAAGUUUACCAACUGUGCCACCAUACAGCACCAAUACAAUCAGUACAGUGAAGUUAAAAAAAUAAGUGCUUGUAGAACCGACUUUAGCCGUCAUAACUUUAAUUACUAGUUUUUUUUUUUUUUUUUUUUUUUUUUACUAGUUUCCGACAUGGUUGGAAGGAAUCUUGACCCACUUUGCUCUUCAAAGUUGCUUUAGUUCAUUCCGAUUUGCAAACUUUUGUCUUCUCACCGCCCCAACUGCUUUUAUAUAGGUGCUCGGACUUGCUUAAAAUCAAAUAUACAAAUGCUUGUGACUACCAGCAUAUUGGGUCCUUUUUUUCUUCUUCUCAAAGCUUAUAAAAGGAGCAAGGGUGUACAUAUUUUUUUUCUCCCUUAUUAUAUUGACAGUAAUAAAAAGUUUAUUUUUUUCCCAUGAAUGUAUAUACAGUUACUCUUCUGGCUGCCAGUAAUUCACUUAUUGUCACCUGAGAAGCAAGACAUCCACUGCAAAACAGUAUAUUCAUCCCCUAAUUUGUUCCUUCAAUGACUGUAUCCCUCAUCAUCAGAUCAUCAGAAUAAAAGAAUUUCAGUUUUUAACACUGAGGUGCUUCUUGUUGGAACAUGUCAGAGGCUUUAAAUAUUUGAACACAUUUCGAUCUGUCAUUUCCUAAGAUUAUAGGUAGGCUCUAUUAGAAUGAGCUUCACUAUUAGAAUGUCUUCUUAUUUUUCUGCUUUUGAACCUUGAGGAAUUAAAUUGGACUGGGUCCUGAAAGGCUGACAGAAUAGCAGCUGAUGGGGGUCACAGAGGACUUUCCUUGAUUCAUGUCACAGCAAUAGCCUAAGUAAGCCAACUUGGAAGAACACUGACGGUAGCCGCGCAUGCUAGCCUUUAUUCAGGCACUCGUUGAGUAGGUGCCAGUCGGGAGGCAGGGUUAUUGCUAUACUGCCAUUAAAGUCAAAUUUAAGUCCGCAGGCAGGCAGCUGAAGCAGCCAACAGAUCAGCUUUCUCCUUACCAUCAGGUGGACUCACCAAACGGCUCCGCUAAAACAAGGGUGCUCUUGAAUUACAGCAGGGGUUUGAAAUCAGCAAGUUUUGAAAGUGAGCACUUGCAGAAACGGCUUUGUUUCAGGGCAACCGUUUUGUUGUUUCUGCCGAGAAACUACUUCAGAGGGAAUUUCUCCGUAGAUAAUUACUAUGAGAGGUUGCUGUGAUCUUAAUGAUUAUCACCACGGGACGCCUGUGCAGAUCAAGAUGCGGCUGCUGAGAUAUCCGCAUGGACGUAUCAUGGCGGUCGUCUUCGAGAUGUGUUUUGUGUGCUUGGUCUCUGGGUGGGUUGUUGUUGUUUGUGAGCGUAUCUGGAGCAGCUUGAAGCAUCGCUCCCACUUGCUCCCUCCCUCCCCUCGGUUGUGACAGCUCAUCCAUUUGAGUUAGGCGACCGGGCCGGGAUGCGGCCCUAUUGGUAAUUGCCUCAGAAAUGAAUUACUUGGCAAAGAGCGAGACAGAGGGAGGGAAGGAAAUUGUAAUUGAACUGCCCCCGCCUCGCUUUAUCCCUCCUGCCUCUCCCUCUUGCUUCAGGUUAUUACAUCUGCAGUGCAGGGAGACAUUUUCCAUCUGAACAACUACGCACACCCUCACAAAACCGAUUUCUCCCCUCCCCCCCCGCGACACAAUGGCCUCGGCAGCAUGCCGUAUUGAUGCAGGGUGAUUUCAGAGAUUGAUUGCUCGCAGCCGCAUACGCACAGGGUCACUCUGCACUUAUGCGCUCUUGGAGGGACCAAUACUCUCUUAAAUAUUGUGUUUAUUCACACUACCUUGCUCCAAAUAAUCUCCUGUUUUCAGUACCCUUGGCCUCCAUAUAAUGUCUGAUGCACUGCAGGACUUCAGAGUUGGCGCAAAGGAAAAAAGCUGGUGCUCGGUAUUGAAAUAGCCCCGGUUACCCCAUGCAUGCAUGCAGCCAAGCAACGUUAUUAAUAACGUGCCUGUUGCCUGCUUGUUGACAGAUAGGAAGUCUGACGGAUUAAAGAAGAACAGUGUUUGAGUUUGUUUCUCUUUUUGCUUUGGCAACCGGUUGAAAGGUGGCCGAAAUAAUAAAAAAAUAAUCUUUUCCCUACCCUGUA